AUGAGUAAACGCAAUGCUACACAAAGUUUAUUAUCAAAAUGGCUGGACAAACGCCCGAAAAAUGAAAUUACUAAUGAUAUUUCUCCGAAUACGAGUAAAUCAAAUGUCGAUAUCGAAAAAUUAUCAAAUUCUCCAGUUCUACCUCAGUGUCUGCAAGCAAUUAAAGAUCAGAAUAGUCAACCACCUAUUGUAAGUACAUCAAUGAAUGUGUGUGGAAAAGAUAGGGCUACACCGUUAAAAAAAUUUGUCAAUGAACCUUUAAAAAAGUAUGCAAAGUUGUGGGGGAAAGAUGGUGAUUUAGAAGUACAUUGCAAAUUGCAAUAUCAUAUUGAAUGUCUAUUAAUUGCAGAAGACUUUAAACAUAGAUAUCAAAAUCCAGAUAAAGAUAUAAUAAAUAUUAUGAAUACAGAAAGAAUAAACCAAAUUAAUGAAAACCGUAAUAGAUUGAAACCGAUUAUUGAAACUAUAAUUUUUCUUGGGAGACAAAAUAUACCACUAAGAGGUCACCAUGAUUCUGGUGAUUUUUUUCAAAAAGUAAAUGAUUCAGUAUCGACAACAGAAUCUACUGUUAAUAAAGGUAAUUUUCGAGAGACUUUAAAAUUUAGAAUUUUAUGUGGGGAUUCCAAUCUAGAAAAUCAUUUAAUGUCGACUCAUUCCAAAGCUACUUAUAUAAGCCCUAUAAUACAAAAUGAUAUUAUCGAAUGCUGUAAAGCUUAUAUAACUGAACAAAUUCUCAAAGAAGUUCAAGAGAAAAUUGAAGACGAGGAUUUAAUGGAAAAAGACCCUAUUACAUUUGAACCUAAAUUAACUGGUGAUAUAUUAGGUGAAAUUGUACUUAAUAUGUUAAAAAGUUUUUCACUUAAUCUUACUAACUGUGUUGGCAUAGGCACUGACGGAUGUAGUGUCAUGGUUUCUACAGUACGAGGAGCUGUCACAAAAAUACAAUCACAUGCUCCAAAUGCCAUUCAUUGUCCGUGUUCUAACCACGCAUUGAAUUUUGCAAUAUCAAAGUCAUCAUCUAUACAAACAAUAAGAAACUGUGUUGGAGUAAUGAUGGAAGUUAUAUUAUUUUUUAAUAUGUCAUCUAAACGAAAUUUUGUUUUGAAGAAAAUUUUAAAKGGAAAUCCACGUUUAAUAAGCUUGUGCGAAACAAGAUGGGUUGAACGUCACGAUAGUGUUAUGCUGUUUAAGUCAUYUUUCCCUAUAUUAUAA